CAAACUCUCUCUUAUUGUCCUCGAGCGACAAAGGAAACACAAAGACAAUAGCGUGAAGACAGAACAAAAAAAAUGGGCCGUACACUCAGAAAUCCAUCCUAUCCCAUUUCUGACUUUCGCUUUCAUCAUCAUCAUACCCGUCGACGAGGACGAGGACGAUAAUGACGACGAUGAGCGAGUCGUCGUCUACUUGCAAACACGAUAGCGUUUACUCGCACUCGGACAACAUUCCCCCUCAUCCACCAUCAUCACCAGAGGAACCACCAAGACCAUCUCUGAAGAUCCUGUUCUCAUUCCUAACUCCGAGACGUAAACUUGUUCUCCUCACACCCGCCGUCGCGUCUUCUAUCACAGCAGGGGGAAUAGCCCCUUUUAUGACCUACGUCGUCGGUCGUUCAUUCAAUGCAUUCGCAGCGUUCCCCCUUACACCGAACCCUCCCCAAUCCGCAAAAGACGAGCUACUCCAUGGUGUCGGACUCGCCGCUCUCCAGCUGGUCGCCUUGGGAGCAGGUGCACUCGUCAUGAGCAGCAUCACAAGCAGUCUGUGGAUAUGGACCGGUGAACACAACGUCGUCCAAUUACGACGACAAGUCUACUCUGCAAUCGUACGUAAAGAAAUGGAGUGGUUCGAUCGACGUACAGGCGACUCUUCUGGCGUGCAGGACACGUCUAACGACGCUCCCGUAGGAGCGGGCGGUCUCAUGGCCAAAUUUGCGCGAGAGACUGACGAUGUCCGCACAGCAUCGUCUCUCGCAUGUGGUCAGCUCAUCCAAUAUAUCACGACAACACUCACUUCCCUCGUUCUCGCAUUCUAUUGGUCACCCCUUCUCACGCUUGUCAUCCUUUCUGCGCUUCCUUUCCUUAUCCUCAUCCAAGGGUUUUCCCAAGCUUUCGUGUCACCGCGUAUCGCGCACGAACGAACACUAUUGGCCCGCGCAGCAUCCCUCGUUACCCGCGCGUGCACUCACAUUGCAGCCGUGAAGUCUUCGAAUGCUCAAUCUCACGAAUCAUCCCUCCUAGCACAUAUCCCUCCUGCUUUACCUUCUCUACCAACAAUAUGGGGCAUCACGGCCGGAACAUCCCAAUUUGUUACUAUGGCCAUGUUUGUUCAGGGAUUCUGGUUUGGUGCGUACCUCGUCAGACAGGGCAAGAACGCACCAGGGGAUGUGAUGAGCGUAUUCUGGGCCUGCUUAAUUGCCACUUCUAAUCUUCAAAUGACCGUCCCUCUCUUGGUUGUACUUGCCAAAGGGAAAGCUUCAGCUGCCGACCUUGCUUCCAUCAUCUCUUUCUCUCCCCCUACACCACCCUCCGCCUGCACACCAACGUCUCCCACUGCAACCGUGACUUCCAUGGCACACCCCAAACAACGUAAAUCUCACCAUCAAAUUCUCCGUCGCAUCACUCCAAACCGGUUUAUUGGUGACAUCUCCCUCACGCACCUCACAUUCGCAUAUCCCACACGCUCCACGAUCCCCGUAUUACACGACAUUGACAUGUACAUCCCAGCACAUGAAACGACAUACAUUGUUGGACCUUCCGGAUGUGGAAAAUCCACUAUCGGAGCCUUGCUUCUAGGUCAAUAUGCCCUUCCGCUGGUAGGGCAUCCAUCGUCUCAGGGCGACAUUUUGAUCGACGAUCAGGAUAUGCGGUACUUAAAUCCGACGUGGCUUCGUCACCAUAUUGCGGGUGUGGUCCAAAACUCAGCGUCGGCUGGUGCACCCGUCUUUUGCGGAACGAUCCACUUCAAUGUUGCAUUGGGCGCUGUGGGAAGCGGGAGACGCGUCGAAGACGUGACCCGGGAGGAGGUCGUCGAGGCAUGUAGGAUGGCAAUGUUGGAGGGGUGGGUUGCGGGUUUGGACCAGGGUUAUGAUACGCUUUUAGCAGGGACUGGAAAUGAAGAGGGAGAAGAAGCUCAUGGUGUCACAUUGAGUGGAGGGAUGAGACAGCGCCUUGCACUUGCUCGUGCAAGGAUUCGCGAUUCUGAAGUUCUGAUCCUAGACGAAUCCACAUCCGCUCUGGAUCCACCCACACGUCUUCUUACUACCGCCGCCCUCCGAGCGUGGCGCACUCGCUCCCAAAAAACGACCGUCAUCAUCACGCACGAUUUGUCGAGUAUUGGCGCCGAAGAUUUCGUGUAUGUCAUGCGUGCUGGGCGUAUCGUCGAGCAGGGGUUCAGAGGUGAUCUGGAGGGUUCAGGCGGAGAGUGGGAGAGAAUGGUGAAGGAAAUUGGUGCCCAACUCGAGGAUGAAGAAGAUGCUGCGCGUCCACCUGUAUAUGAAGAGGUUGCAGGCAUCCUUGCCGAAGCAGAGCAAGCUCGAGAACGGGAAAAUCCGAUGGCCGAUAGACAUAUGAGUAUCGCGCCUACGUUGGCUGGUGUACGUCCCGUGACGAUGGCGCUUGGCGGGUGGAUGCUGGAUGUUGUGGCAGAGUUGACUAAAACAGCCGAUGCGACUUUUACCCCCACGACCAACUCGUCUACACGCUCGGAAACACAGGGUCGCUUGCGCAGACCUUCGAGUAUGUCCAUCCUCAUUCCUUCCCCUACGUUCCCCCCACGCGCAUACGACGCACGAAGUAGGUUGAGUCUCCAGUUCACGCCCACGUCACCUGCAUUUCCUUCCUCAACAUCCACGCAAUUCAUGGUCGAAGAUGAUGACGAAUUUGAGAAGGACAAGGUGGCUUUGCAGUGUGCUGCACAGCGAGCCGCUGGACGACGCGCCGAAAGGCAAGAGCGGAAAGCGUAUGAAAUUAUCCAAUUUUCACCCCCACCGUCCAAGAAAUCCUCUCGCAGGCCUGAACCCGAUGCCAAGGGAAAACCCAAGGUUACGCCUGUCGAUUCUAGUGCUGAGUCCUACAGUUCUCCACCUGGCCUCUUUCAAACUAUCCGUCUCAUAUGGCCUAGUAUUCCGAGCAAGCCUCUGCUCUUUGCCGGCCUCCUCGCAUGUCUCUUGAGUGGGGCAAUGAUGCCUAUUUUCUCGUUUCUCCUCUCCCGCCUCAUGUUUGAAGUCUCUGCCGAUCCAUCCAAUGCAAAUAUUAUUAACACUUACGGGGCACUUGUACUGGGCAUCGCAGCGUUGGACGGGCUGCUCCUCGGUUCCAAAUACGUUCUCAUGGAAAGAUCGGCGAUUCGAUGGAUCAGUGCUCUCCGCAACAAAGCCUACGCACGCGUUCUUUCGCAAGAUAAAUGCUGGUUCGAUGAACCCUCCCACUCGCCUUCUGCGCUCUCCCAAACUCUCAUCAAAGAUGCCGACGACGCACGCGCUCUCGUCUCUGUCGUACUGGGGCAGUGUCUCGUCGUACUGGCGAUGAUGGGACUUGGAUUGAUAUGGGCAAUGGUAUGGGGAUGGCAGUUGACACUUGUUGGUGUUGCCAUUGGACCAGUUUUCGUUUGCGUCAUGGGCAUUCAGACGGGGUUGGUGGCUAGAUGCGAAUUACGGAAUAAGAGGGCGAGAGAGCAGAUUGCGAAGGUUUAUUAUGAGUCGAUCAUCAACGUCCGCAGCAUUCGCGCCAUGUCUCUCGAACCUGUUCUACAAGCCCAAUUCGACAAAGCCGUGUCGACGUGUCUCACUACCGGUAUCCGUGGGGCCUUUGUCGAAGGCUGCACGUACGGCGUAGCAUCCGCGUUGAUCUACCUCGCUGAAGCGCUCCUCUUCUACGUCGGCGCUGUCCUCAUCGCUCGUGGAACGUACACAUACUUGCAGAUGGUCCAAGUUCUCAACUUGGUUGUCUUUACGGUCACCAUCGGAUCCCAGCUUAUGGCGUUCACGCAGAGAAUUGCCAAGUCUGUACUGGCCACGACGGAUCUGCAUGCACUUGCCCAGCUGCGAUCGGACAAGACGAGCGAGGCACGCGGAAUCCUAAGGCUCCAGGACCUCGGUGGCGAUCUCGUCCUCAAAGACGUCGAAUUCACAUACCCUGAUCAAGUGGACGAACCCGUACUGAAAGGAUUGUCGAUGACAGUCAGACGGGGUGAAUGUGUUGCUUUGGUCGGUACGUCGGGAUGUGGCAAGUCGACGGUCGCAGCACUUCUUCAAAGAUUAUACGAACCGACAUCGGGAUCGAUUUCGCUUGGCAAUGUCCAACUGUGCAAUACGGACGUACACCAUCUGCGCGAACACGUGGCCGUAGUCAGUCAACAGCCCCACCUGUUCGACGCGAGCGUCAAGGAGAAUAUUGCGUAUGGGCGUGCAACGUCGAUGACUGAUGCAGAAGUCGAGCGCGCUGCUCGUGCUGCGAGCAUCCACGAAUUCGUGAUGAGCUUGCCUCAAGGGUACGACACUUCCGUGGGCGAAGACGGAUCGCAUCUUUCAGGUGGGCAAGGCCAGCGGAUCCAGAUCGCGCGUGCGUUGGCGCGGCCGUCCAAAGUCCUCGUUCUAGACGAAUGUACGUCCGCGCUGGAUGGGACGAAUCAAGCUGCUGUACUCGAGACCCUCAAGAGCGCGAAACAGGGCAGGACGACGGUCAUGAUUACCCAUCAGGUGCCAGUUAUGAAGAUGUGCGAUCGGAUUGUGGUGUUGCAGGAUGGUGUGGUCGUCGAGGAGGGCACCUGGGACGAACUCGUUAAUCGCAGGGGACCGUUCGCGAAGUUGGCCAGUGGUGGGGAGUGGGCUGGGGAGUGAAGGCUUCCUUUCCUUCCCCCUCCAUUUUAAAACAUUUCUUUCAUUUUCUUUUCUUUUUUUUUUUUUUUUCCCUUUUGGAUGAAACUGCGGUUUAUACCAAUAUUUUCGACCUUUCUGAUUUACACCCUUUCUUUU